AUGGAGGCCGAGCUGGGGCUGGGCGAGGAGCCGCGCAAGGGGGCAGCCGGGAUGGCCAAGAUGGGCCGACGAGCUCGCCAGGAUUCCUUUCCUGAGGAGAAUCGUCUCAGCAGGAAGAAUUCCUCUGCCACUUCUACUGGAGAGGGCCCCCCACCUAAACCCCCACGCCGUCAAGGAGGCUGGGCAGAUGAUCCUGUAAUGGCACCUUCCAAAUCAGGACGGAAAACUGCAGAAGAAGUAGAAGAUCAUCGCCUCAGGCAGCAGAGCCUGGAGGGAUCAGACGAUGGAGGAGAUAUUCCAGUGAUCCCGGACUUGGAGGAAGUACAGGAAGAAGAUCUCGCUAUGCAAGUGGCGGCUCCACCCAGUAUCCAGGUGAACAGAGUGCUGACCUUCCGUGACCUGGACAAUGACCUCAUGAAGUAUGCUGCCUUCCAAACCCUGGAUGGAGAGAUUGACCUGAAGCUUCUCACCAAGGUUCUGGCCCCGGAACAGGAAGUACGAGAGGAGGAUGUCUUCUGGGACUGGGACCAUCUCUACAUGGAGGUGUCUUCAGAACUCGUGACUGAGUGGGACGUGGGACAGUCUGAGAGAGAUGAGCCCUUGGGUCAGUCCAAGGAUAUCUGA